UUCGUCGUCGUCAUGCGAGCGGAGGAAAGUGCCCCGCAGCCUCCCCCGGCGGGAUCACGGGGGCGUCGGCGGCGGCCUCACCACGCCCACGCCCACGCCCACGCCCAUGCUCUCCUGCUUCUCCUUGCUCUCGUCGCGCUUUGCGUCGCACACGCCACGCUGCUCUUCUCCAACGCCGCCACAAACCUGGCGCUCGCAUCCUACGUCCACGAGUCCACCGACCUGCUCGUCCGCUACCGCUCCAUUGUCCGUGAUGUGGACGUGCAAGAAAACAACAGUAUUCCAGGGGAAUCGAUGAACAUAUCGCCCAAAGAUACCGAGCCAUCCGUAAAGUCGACGACUCAGAUGAUUGCUGAUACAGAGCCAUCCGUGAAGUCGACGGCUCAGAUGAUUGCUGAUACCGAGCCAUCCGUCAAGUCGACGACUCAGAUGAUUGCUGAUACAGAGCCAUCCGUGAAGUCGACGGCUCAGAUGAUUGCUGAUACCGAGCCAUCCGUCAAGUCGACGACUCAGAUGAUUGCUGAUACAGAGCCAUCCGUGAAGUCGACGGCUCAGAUGAUUGCUGAUACCGAGCCAUCCGUCAAGUCGACGACUCAGAUGAUUGCUGAUACAGAGCCAUCCGUGAAGUCGACGGCUCAGAUGAUUGCUGAUACCGAGCCAUCCGUCAAGUCAACGGCUCAUAUGGUCGCUGAUACAGAGCCAUCGACGGCUCAGCUGAUGGUUGCUGCAGACGAAGCUAGCAAAGUUACCCCCCUGACUUCUGGUGUUGAUCAUCACGUGGAUAUCAUCGAUGAGGAGCAGCAGCAGCAGGAGGAGGGUCACCCUGAACAACAUGAGGAGGAAGACCACUUCGAAGAGGAGGAGGAUGAUGAUUGCUAUGAAGAGGAGAAAGAAGAGGCGCCGAAGUGGCGGCGAUCCUUCGUGUUCCCUAUGGAUCACGUUCUUUACCUCGGGUGGUCGGACAACGAACUCACCGGGCGCAUCCUGUCGCCGGAGCAAGCAGCUGAGCAUGAGGAGAGGCUGGCCCAGGACGACGGCGGCGGCGGCGGCGUCAUCCGGCCGGAGGCGUCCGGGCUGACGCUGUCUACCUACAACCGCAUGCCCUUCUUCCACGCAAUCUACUGGUCGCUCCCCGGCCACCAGGACGACCUCGUGCCGGUGAAGCUACGGUCGAUCUCCCCGGAAGAGAUGCGGACGGCGGCGGUGGUGGAGGACGGGGAGAGCAAGGAGUUCAAGCUCCCCAUUGACGGCGUGAUCCUGUACCGGCCUAGCCCACGCCACCGGCGGUCGUCGCUGCACAUCGUGGCACGGGACGCGCUAGAGUUUGCCCCGAUAUCCUCGCCGGAGAAGGCCGUCGAAGGCGUGCUGCGACGUCUAAAUCCAUUAGAUCCUACUUUCAUCCAUGUUAUAGAGACAUAAAAAA